GGAGGAGUGAAUCCUCUCGCUCUCACGUAUCGACCUGCGCGUUUCUGGCAGCUCAGGGAAGCUAGCACGUUUCUUUCAGAGUCGGAGUGACGCUCGAGUUCCCCUUCUGCCAGCUUUCUCUCUUCGUAUUCUUCCUAACUCCAUCCAAGAACGACCACGCACAGCGACGGCGAGAUUUGCUCCCACAGUGGUUUCUUCUUAUUAUGGCUGUUAGCAGCACCAAGACAGUGUACGAGAUUUUCCAAAGCAUGGAGUACGGGCCAGCAGCAACUUCUAGCACUGCUACUGCACAGGCCUGGCUGGAGCAUCGUUCCCGUUCUCUGGGUCUCUUCAUUGACGGUAAAUUUGUCUGUUCAGCAGAUGGGCGGAGCUGCUCCCUGGCUGAUUCUAAAGGAAGUAUUGUAUGCAGCACAGCAUGCGCUGAAGAAGCUGAUAUUUCCCAGUGUGCCUCCUCUGCUGUUAACGGUUUCAAGUCCUGGAGCAGCCUGAGCUGCAACCAAAGGGCCAAAGUGCUCCUCAGGUUGGUGAGUGUCCUCGGGCAGCACGGCCAGUGUCUCUCAGAGUUGUGUGAGCUCUGUGAGGCCUCCUGCGCCACUGCCGCCCUGAUCAGGCUGCUGCAGUUCUACAGCAGCUGGGCGCAGCUCAGAGACGCACUCCUCACUGACUGGACACCUCUGGGUGUGGUGGCAGUGGUGACCUCGAAAGACUGUCCUCUCUAUUCUCUUCUGCUCAAAGUCCUGCCAGCACUGGCUAUGGGCAACUCUGUGGUGGUUGUCCCCGGUCAGAGCACGGCCCCCCCAGUACUACUACUGGCUCAGCUUUUUACAGGAGCAGGACUUCCUGCUGGGGCUCUUAAUGUGCUAACAGGAAGUGACAUAACACUGGGUGUCAAAGUGGCCCAGAACCACAGCAUCAGUUACGUCAACUACUGCGGCAACAAGGAGGACGGAGUGAUGCUGUGUAAGGCCACAGCAGGGAUGGGAGUUCCUGUGGCGGUGUCACCGUGCGUAGGCUCCACCUGUCCCUUCAUCAUCUUUGAGUCGGCAGACAUUAACAGUGCCGUGGAUGAGGUGAUGGAGGCCGCCUUCAGGAAGAAGAAAGAGGUCUUCUGGGUGUUGUGUGUGCAGGAGAGUGUGGUGGACAGUGUUGUUGCCCAUCUCCGGUUGCGAAUGGCCAAGAUGAAAUGUGUGACCCUGCCCAGUGAGGCAGACAGGGAACGGGUGGAUGCUGCUGUGCAGGAGGCUCAGCAGCUGGGAGCCACGUUGGUUCAGUCCUGUGCUGAUCCCACGUCAGGUGCCCAGUAUCCUUCCACUGUGCUCUGUGGGGUGGCCCCCUCCUCACCAUGUGUGCUCAACCCCUGUCCCGGACCACUGCUGCCCCUCAUGACCUUCAGAAGCAACACAGAAGCCGUGACUCUUGGGAACCACAGUCCUCACGGUCAGGCAGCAUCCAUCUGGACCGAAGACCUCACCCUCGCUCUGGAGACAGCUCAGAGGUUGUCAGUUGGCUCUGUGUGGGUGAAUUCCCACUCCAUCUGUGACCCCUGUCUGCCCGUCUCCGGUCACAAAGACAGCGGGACCUGCACCGAUGGAGGACAGGAGGGUCUGUACCAGUUUCUACGCCCCUCCUCUUCCUCCCCCCCUCUUCCUCGCUCCUCUCCCGUCUCCAUGGACUACACGCAGUUCGGAACAGAAACGUCCCCACCUAUCAUUCCUGCUGAGUCGGACCCUGCCAGAGCCCCUCAGUCCCACCUGCAGUUUGUUGCUGGUAAAGCAUGUAAGUCAGUGUCUGGCUGCAGUGUGGCUGUGCAGCCACCAGGUGGUAGUGGUGGUCUGUUGGCCUACUGCCCAGACGGGGGCCGGAAGGACGUUCGCAAUGCUGUGGAGGCUGCUGUCAAAGUCCAGCCAGGCUGGAUGAAAAAGAGCCCGUCUGCACGUGCCCAGUCACUCUACUCUCUGGCCAAGGGCCUUGAGGCGAAGAGGCGGGACAUAGCUGCAGCAAUCAACACACAGACCGGCCUGUCAAUGGACGAGGCUGAGAAGGAGGUGGAGCUCAGCAUUACCAGGCUCAGCGUUUGGGCCGCUUACUGUGACAAAGUCCUGGGAGGAGCGCUGCCCAUGCCAAACUCUGGCUCCGCUCUCUCCAUCCCUGAAGCCCUGGGAGUCAUGGGGGUCGUCCUACCUGACUACAAUCCCCUCCUCUCCAUGGUAACCGUGCUUGGGGCAACUAUUGCCACAGGCAAUGCUGUUAUUAUGGUCCCCAGUCAAAAGUAUCCACUGCCUGUCUUGGCAUUCAUUAAGGUGCUCCAGUCCUCGGACUUGCCAGCAGGUCUGGUAAACGUUAUUACAGGAAGUCGAGACCAGCUGACUGUGGCUCUGGCUAAUCACAGUGUCAUCAAGGCCAUCUGGUACUGGGGCAGUGCUGAGGGCUGCCAGUACCUCCAGUACACCUGCACUAGUCCACUAAAAACCCUGCGCCUGUGUGAGGACCAGGAAGGGAAAGAUGGGGAGCUAGACUGGACUCGGUGCCGUCCGUCAUUCCUGGAAGAAAUGUGGAGAAGCGCUGUGCAGUGGAAGAGUGUGUGGAUUCCUACAGCUUAAAACGGAACGGCAGGAAGAAGGAACAGAGUUACAGUUUGGAUCGUGGAGCGUUUGACUGUGACCUGAAAAAGCAGAAAUCCUCACAGGCCAGACGGCGACAGAAGGGGAGGAGGGAUUUUAAAAGCAAAAACAUUAGAUGUUAAAUUAAAUUUUGAGAUUAUAUUAGGAAUGGCUGACACAAAGCACUUAAUAGACAGACGAGGGAUUCAAUGCAGGUCACACGUUAACAGUGUUGCUGAUAUAUGAGCUGAUUUUUGUUGCCAACACGGUUUAAAAAUGAUCCUAAAAUGGAAAAUGUGGCGAUUCACUGUGAUUAAGACGAAAGGUUUUUCCCUUUUACGUCCCUGUGACGGUCAAUGCAGAGACCCUAAAAACAUUUCACUGUUUUCAUUUAAAUGUAUGUCGGUUUACUGAAGAUUAUCGAGUAGAGCAGUAGCUGCCCGUCAGAAGAAUCGAUUCAUUGUUGAGUUUGUCAUUUUGGUUUUUAAAUAAAUAUAAAAAACAAUGCUAGCCAAAGUAACAUCCGUUAGAACUACUGCAACGUUUUGCUUGAUUAGUCAAAACAAUAAACCUGAAGGUUUAUUAACAAUAGCUGCUCUUUAGUAAUGUUGGGAUUCCUUUAUUUUAGUCAUAACAGGCUAUCAUGAUAAUAACCCUGCUGAUUUUCUACCUCUGUUAUGCGUAUUUUAAUUAACCCUCACAUGUCUGAUCAGGUAUCACAAGUUAUUGCAAAGUAGGUCAUGUUCACAUUUCUUUCCACGUUAACGAAUAAUCCACGUGAACCGUGACAAACCUCAGGAGAACUUUGGCUCAGAUUGUUGCGCCUGUGUUGCAGGGUCAGUGCAUAUUAAAUAGAUAAAGUUGUGUUAUGGGCUUGAGCAUGUUCUGUGGGGGCCAUUCCACUUCCUGCUCAGAAGUUAAGACACAGAAAUGAGGUGCAAUUCAGAAAAGGUCACAGCAGGGGGCGCUCACAAGGUAGUUCUCAGUGAUCAGGAGUGAAUACAGAUAAACGUGAACAAUAUAUAUAUUUUUUAUUUUGUUUUUGACAAUACAGCAACACUUAUGUACUAAAGUUUUUCUGAGAGAAAAGCCAAAAAAAUACUUCCAAUCUGGUGACGUAUGCUGAGAGGUCCUCGAAAAAACCCUUUGUGGCUCCUGUUUCUAAACAGCAACUAAAACACACAUUAGAUGUGCGGUUUAACUACAACAGAACCUUACACGUAUAGGAAGCAGCGGGUAUCAGAGGCUUCAACACAGCUAGCCGCUGUUUGUGUUCGCUGGCUUGACAAAACCUAAAAGCCCAACAGGAACCUCGACGCUGGUUAUCAGCUUUCUCCUGUCGUAGCUGCAAAUCCAGCUACGUGCAUAAGAUUAGGCAGCAGAUUUGAAUGAAGUAUAAAAACAUUUGUUCAUUUUUUUGCAGUUUGCACUUCUGUAACUUUACAGCUGCCCUUCAUUCAGUCAGUUUAAUAAAGUCUGGCUUAACAAUCAUGCAGGUACUUAAAACAUGCUGUAAAGAACGGAUCCAGAGAAAAUGUUUUACUUCAGGAUCUUUCUAAACCAAAGCACCGGGCUGUGUUCAGCGUAAGUUACCAUGGUGAUUUAGUAGAAAGAGCGACUUUUGUGACACAGGAAACUCUUUAAGCUCAACAUGGCUGACUGAGGAUUUAAUCGAGCUUCGCAGUGCACCACUCGGGCGGCUCCUGCACACUUCAUGCCUGUAAAUGUUCUGUGGAGCUAUGAUGUAUUUCUUUACUUAGAGGGUUUACUACAAAUCAAAUGUGCAGAGUGCCCUGUAUAAAAAAACCUGAACUCCACAGAGCGGCCGUGUUUGCUAAAAUGUUGCUUUAUUCUCAAGCUGCCAGAAGCAGCUACAGUUUGUGUGAUUUGCCCUGGUGUCAGAAUAACAAGCAUUUAGCUGAAGUUUGCACUCCUGGAGCUUCUAAAGAAUUAUGGUCUGCAUCUUGGUGCUAAUUAUGCUGUUCGCAUCUGAGCAAUCAAAUCACACCAAAGGGAGUCCAGUUUAACUGCACUGAAAAGAGUUCUCCAUUGAAAUAUCUCAGCUGGGGGGAACUAUGCAUACUCUGCAACUUGAAGCCGUGUCAGCCUUACAGAUCUGUCAGUGACUCAGCAAAACAAACAAAAAGCAGCAGUACAUGGAUCCAACUUCCUGUGUCAUGUGUCUUUUGCUGUACAUUAAUACUGUAAUUUGUAGCCAUGAAAGGUCAAAUCUGACUCUGUCGUGCAAAAACAUUCCAAGUGACAUUUCAUUUGUUUCCAAAUUCACAUUGUGAAAUAAAACCGA